AUGAUAAAGGUAAUUUAAGUAUAAUAAAUACAUACAUGAAUUAAAAUUUUAUUUGAAAAAGUAAAAGUUAUUAAAUAAUAGAGUUAAUACGACUUGAGGUCCCCGACUAUUGAGACUUUGCCACCUAUGGUCCUAAACUUUAAAACUGAAUAUCUAUGGUCUCCUGAGUUUCAAAAGGUGACCAAAUGUAGUCCUAUUAGUUUCAUCCGUUUGCAACGUGAAAAGCAAGGGCAAAGUUGUAUUUUUAAGUCAAUUAAAAUAAUUCAAUAAGAAAAUUUCAAAAUUCUCAAUUACACGAUGAAAUAAGAAAUUAACCUUAAAAGCUAAAACGAUGAAGACAACUUAAAAACUACAACGAAGAAGAAAUCAAAAUUACAGGACGAAGAAGAAGAUGAAAUACAACAAUUUUACAGUUCAAGGUGAUGGGUUCUACACAACGACAUGAAAAAGAUAAGCAAAAGGGUUUAAUCCCUGCUUUUGAAGCUAUUCUGCCCGCAGUGACUCAUAUGUUCUGUGUACGCCAUCUACAUGGGAACAUGAAACAAGCUGGUUUUACUGGAAAGGCAAUUAAAGAUGGAUUAUGGCAAGCUGCCAGGGCCACCACGGUUAAUUCAUUCAGAGCAGCUAUGAAGAAAUUCAAGAGCAUUGAUGGUAAGGCAUAUGAGUGGUUGUGUGACAAGCAUCCCUCGGAGUGGUCCAGGUCACAUGUUACUACUUCAGCACCUUGUGAUAUUUUAUUGAAUAAUAUAUGUGAGUGCUAUAAUGCUGUCAUUUUGGAUGCUAGAGAGCAACCCCUAAUUAGUUGCCUUGAAACAUUGAGAAAGAAAAUAAUGUAUAGGUUGUAUGACUGUAGGAAACAAGCAAUGAAAUGACCUCUACCUAUAUGCCCUAGGAUUGUUAAGAAAAUAUCUUUGAAUGAAAGAUUAGCUGGGUCUUAUGCAGUCAUUCAAAGUGAUGACAACUUAUUUGAGACACGAGGGGUAAUGAAUAUGUUGUUUGAGCAACAUGAUGUUGAUUUGGGUAAAAUGACUUGCACUUGUAGGAGUUGGGAGUUGAGUGGUAUACCAUGUAGGUAUGCCAUAAGUGCUAUAUAAAUGAAAAAUGGUAAGGGUCCGGUGAAUGAGAAUGUACACCCAUCUUACUUGGUUGAAACAUACUUGAAGUCAUAUGGAGGUAGUAUAAAGCCCAUGGCAGGUCCUAAUGAGUGGCCUUCAAGUGAUAAAGAGCCCCCACUUCCACCUCUGUACACUGCAAAACCAAGAAGACCCAAAAAAUUGAGGAAAAGAGGAUGUGAUGAAGUAUCUAAGAAAGGAGGUGAUGAGGUAUCCAAAGAUGGUAUACAUCUAAGAAGAAGCUUUGUUAAGAUGCACUGCACCAAAUGCAAGAAAGAAGGCAAUAAUAAAAGAAAAUGCCCUGAUAAUCUUGCUGUUAGGGAGAGAUUGGCAAAUACAAAGAAAAGGGUCAAGACUACCAGUAACAUUGCACCACAACUAGUAACAGUUGAUCCCCUUGCAGUAGGAGCUGAUCCACUUCUAGUAGCAGUUCAUCCACUUCAACUAGGAGCUGAUCCACUUCCAGUAGCAGCUGAUCCACUUCUAAAUGAUGAUAGUUGGUUGGCAAGCAUAGAUAUUGAUGCAAUGGUGUCACAAUUACUUCAAACUCCACCAUCAUAUCCACAUGUUAAUGUUGAUGAAAUUGCAAUUAUAAGUCAGCCACCUACAAUUGGAGAAGAAGAAGAAGAACUCAAUCAAGACCAAGCCAUCAACAAGGUAGAAGUAAAUUUGGAGAAGAAGAAUGAAGGCGAAAAACCAAUUCAAGUAGCAGCUAGUAGAAGGAAACUUGUGCCUUUGAAAUCUAAAAGAUAAAUCUGAUCCACAUCUGAUUGUAAUGUUUUAUUUUUGUAAGUGGUAGCUAACAAUAUUUUUUGCAAUCAAACCAGUUGCUACACUUAUAGUACUAGAUGUGUUUUUGGCAACUUUAGUGCAUUUGAAAGACAACCGCAUUAUGUUUUAAUGCUAAUGGUAUUU